UGCAAUUAUAAUAGACGUAAUUACAACAUUUCCUACAUGGUAUUAACUGCGAAAUUGAAUUGUCAAAUGUUAUGACGUCAGAAGUAAGGAUCAGCUGUUACAAUGCAAGAAGUCAAUUUUGUGUUUACGCCUUUCUUUUAAGUGUAAGAAUAAAAUUUAAAAGAAAAUGUUAUCUCAGUACAUGGAAGAAUUUGAACAGGAACCUUUUGAAGUAACCGAAUUUAUUGAGCGGCUCACUUGGCGUACCAACAAUGAAGUAAACAGUGGCACUGGAGGAGGAGAUGAAUUUAAUCCAGAUGCUUUGCGUGAUACUUUCAUACAAACUAUUAAGGACUUGAAAAUACUGCAAGACAAACAACAAACGAAGUGUGAACGCUUGGAAGAUUCAUUGAAGCAGGAGCAAUUAGCGCACACAAAACAGAUAAGUAAACUACAAGAACGACAUCAGACUGCAAUUGACUGGUUUGGACAAUUAGAUGAAAAGAUAAAUUCAGUAGCUGGAAAAAUUAUUCACCUUGGUGAGCAAUUAGAAAAUGUAAAUACGCCACGUAGUCGUACUGUUGAAGCGCAAAAGUUAUUAAACUAUAUGUCUGAGUUUUUAGUCGCAGGACCUAUAGUUAAUGACAUAUUCAAUGAUCCGAAUCGCUUGUAUGAAGCAGCUGAUGUUAUACAAAAGUUAUAUGCAAUAUCACAAGAUUUGCCAACAGAAAAAUUUUUGGACUCAAAACGUAAAAUAGAAAAGAAAUAUGAUGAAGUUGAGCGAAGGUUGAUCGAAGAAUUUGCUUCAGCACAGAAAAGUGAAGACAUUGAAAAAAUGAAAAAAUUAGCACAAAUAUUAUCACAAUUUAAAGGAUAUACACAGUGUAUCGAUGCAUACAUCGAACAAAGUCAAAUGACACCAUAUGGAGGUAAAGAUAUAUUUAUUGGUAUAGUUCCUAUGUGCAAACAUCAUUACGAGAUCAUCAAAAAAGUGUUUGCAAAUCCAACACAGGUCAUGUCCAAAUUCAUACUUAAUAUAUAUCAAUUAAAAUUACAUCAGUACUCCAUUACUAAGUUGGACGAUAAAAAAGAUGAGGAGAAGUAUUUACGUACUUUGUAUGAACUUUAUUCGCGCACAUUAAAAUUAUCGGCAGACUUACAGGUUUAUAUGUCUCCCAUAGACGAUGAUCUACUUAAUAAAUUGACGCAACAGAUUUUUACAAAGCAUCUUGCCGGCUAUGCUGAAAUUGAAUCUAAAUGUCUUACAGCUAAAUGUUCCACUGAAUUGGAGAAAUUUUAUUUAAGCAAAAAGCAUCAAAAGAAACAAACAGAACGCUUCCAAGAAUUAAGAAGAGAUAUGCAGGCAUUAAUUGGCACGCGCGCAAAUAUAAACAUAGCACAGAUUGAAGAUUAUGGUGGCGAAACGUUCCUUUCUGAAGAAUUAGCUAUAAAUAUGUUGCAAGAAGCCAAGGGUUCAUUUAAACGCUGUCGAUUACUGUCAAGUGAAGCAGAAUUGGCUGGCAAUGUUAUUAAGUUAAACGAUAUAUUAUUACGUUUUUUAAUGCAUGAGCAUGUUAAUUAUGCCUUAGAGUUAGGUUUGCAGGCAAUUCCUAUCGCCGAAGGAAAAUCUUUUCCACAGAUGUAUUAUUUUGAUGUUGUGCAAAAAACAAAUAUUAUUGUGCAUUUAUUAGAGAAAUUGUGUCAUACAUCCGUAAUACCAUGCGUACUUAAUACUUCAAAAUAUUCUGAUUAUGUUUUUAAAAAACGCAUUCUAAUGGAACAAAUCGAAUCAAAACUCGAUCAGGGCUUAGAUCGUUCAAUAAAUGCAGUUAUCGGUUGGGUUAAGGUUUAUUUACAGAGCGAGCAGAAAAAAACGGAUUAUAAGCCUGAAAGCGAUGUUGACACCAUAUCAUCAACAGCCUGUCUACAAGUGGUUCAAAAUCUGCAAUCAGUUAUUAUACAAAUUAAAAAAUGUGUUGAUGGCGAAAACCUGAAAAACGUUUUAAAUGAAUUUGGCGCACGUUUACACCGUGUCAUCUAUGAUCACUUACAGACAAUGCAAUUCAAUACCGCAGGCGCAAUGUGUGCUAUAUGUGAUGUUAAUGAAUAUCGCAAAUGUAUACGAGAUUUAGAAAGUCCAUUAAUAACACAACUUUUCGAUAUAUUGCAUGCGCUAUGUAAUUUGUUGUUGGUUAAGCCUAAAAACUUGAAAGAAGUGUGUACCGGCGAAACACUGAACUGCUUGGAUAAAUCGGUGGUACGUCAAUUUAUACAACUGCGGGCAGAUUUUCGAGUUAUUAAAAAUACAAGUUACUUGAAAGGCAUUAUGGAAUAAAUUAUAAAAAAUUUCCAAAAGUAGUAUUUUUAAAAGUAGUAUUUAAUAGACAAAUAGGGCAAAAGAAAUAUAAAAAUAAAAGUAAAUUAAUUAAACUUUAUUUUUGAGAUACUGUAGAAUAAGGAUUAUUUGUAAAAAGUUGUGACGUUAGAUACAUGGUGGGUAUUCAGACGUAGCUCUGUAACUUCGUUAUCGGUAAAGUGAUAAAAUAAUAAAUGUAUCAUUGCAAUUAAAAAAUAUUUAAAAGUUAUUAAGUAAGAGUGCUAAAUACAAGCAAGAUUAUAAAUACAAGCCAUAUUUUUACUUUUUAAAAUAAAAACAAUCUGUUGAUGUUUUAUCGAAUACCUAAAAAAUCAUCAGGUAUGAUUUUUUCGAACACCAUUUAGAAGGAACAGGAAGCUUGAAGAGAAGCCUUAUUCGAAAUAAAUACAAAGACAUUAUUUAUACAUAUGUGUAUUCGUUAUUAAAACAUCAUGACAGUUUUAUAAGAUAAAUAUUUAUUUCAAAUUACUGAAAUGAUGUGAAAGAAAA